GUCUCGUAUGAGGCACAUCGGACCUGUAGCUUAUUAUUUUAAUGUAAUAAUUGAUGAGUAAGAUGUUACAUAAAUCGGCCGCGCUGCGCUUGAAGCGCAUUCAUCAGAUGGCUUACUAUUCGACGGCAAAAUCACGGAAAGUGAUAGCCAUCCGUCGCGAAGACCAGUCAGUAUGGGAGCGGAGAGCGCCUUUUUCCCCCUCAAAUGUGAACCGAUUCGUGCGGAAUGGCGUCAAGGUCAUCGUGCAGCCCUCCAACAGGCGCGCUUACCCCAUGCAGACCUACAUAAGCGCUGGUGCAGUGGUCCAAGAAGACAUCAGCGAAGCCAACGUCAUCUUUGGCGUGAAGCAGACGCCCAUAGACCUCCUCAUCCCGAAGAAGACUUACUGCUUCUUCUCACACACCAUCAAAGCACAGGAAGCCAAUAUGCCUAUGCUGGACGCCAUUUUAGCUAAGAACAUCAGGCUGAUAGACUACGAAAAGCUAAUGGACGAUACUGGCAACCGGGUGGUAGCGUUCGGGAAGUACGCUGGUGUCGCGGGAAUGAUCAACAUUCUUCAUGGAUUGGGACUGCGGCUGUUGGCUCUUGGACAUCACACGCCUUUUAUGCACAUAGGACCUGCUCACAACUACCGCAACUCGAGCAUGGCCCGGCAAGCUAUAAGAGACGCCGGGUACGAGGUGGCACUCGGCAUGAUGCCCAAGUCGUUGGGACCCCUGACCUUCGUGUUUACUGGUUCAGGAAACGUUUCACAGGGAAGUCAAGAAAUAUUUUCAGAGUUACCUCACGAGUAUGUUCCACCGGAAAUGCUUAGAAAAGUAGCGGAACACGGAAGUCCAAACAAGAUCUACGGUUGCGAGGUGCGCCGGCGGCAUCACCUGGAGAGGAAAAAUGGCGGCGGCUACGAUGCACAAGAGUAUGAGGAACACCCUGAGCGUUACAUUUCUACUUUCGCGCAAAAGAUAGCCCCAUACACAUCUGUCCUGGUGAACUGCAUCUACUGGGCGGUGGAUAGCCCCAAGCUGCUCACCAUCCCUGAUGCUAAGCACCUCCUCAUUCCUUCUAAUACACCCUGGCUGCCCAAGAGUAUCGGCGCCCCGGCUCUGCCACACCGAAUGUUGGCCAUCUGCGACAUCUCGGCGGACCCCGGCGGCUCCAUCGAGUUCAUGAACGAGUGCACCACUAUCGACACACCUUUCUGUCUCUACGACGCAGAUCGGAAUAAGGACACUAAGAGUUUCAAGGGCCCAGGCGUGCUGGUGUGCUCCAUCGACAACAUGCCAACUCAGCUGCCGCGUGAGUCCACGGACUUCUUCGGAGACUUGCUCUUCCCGUACGCUGAGGAUAUUAUGAAGUCUGACGCUUCCCGUCCAUUGGAGGAACACAACUUCUCGCCAGUCGUGCAGGGAGCCAUCAUAACGAGUAACGGAAAAUUGACGCCACCUUUUGAGUACAUCAACGAAUUGCGAUCAUCAAACAACCGCUCCCGCCACAAGGUGGAAGGCGAUGACCAGCAGAAUUCGGUGGUGAUCCUCGGCAGCGGGCUGGUGUCUGCUCCCGUGGUCGAAUACCUCGCUAAGGAGAAGAAUAUCUCGGUUACUAUCGCAUCCCAAGUAAAGGAAGAGGCGGACGCGCUAGCGGAGCGUUACGGCGUGCGUUCGGCGUAUCUUCAAGCUGAUGACGAUGCGGCGUUACGCGCUAUGGUGUCACGCGCGCGUCUAGUAGUGUCACUACUGCCUUAUGAACUGCAUGGCGCUGCUGCGAGAGCCGCUAUAGAUGCUGGCGCUCAUCUCGUCACGGCGUCUUAUGUGAGGCCUGAGGUUCAGGAGCUACACAGCCGAGCUAAGGAGGCAGGUGUGACGAUACUCAACGAAGUCGGUCUGGACCCCGGCAUCGACCAUCUCCUGGCCCUCGAGUGCAUCCACGAUGUCCAGAACCAUGGAGGAAGAGUAGACUCCUUCGUUUCUUAUUGUGGAGGUUUGCCGGCACCGGAGUUCAGCGACAAUGCCCUGAGGUAUAAGUUUUCCUGGAACCCACGAGGUGUGCUACUCAACACUAUCUCCGGGGCUAAAUACCUGAGCAGAGGACAGGUAGUAGAGGUGCUCAGCGGAGAGCUGAUGUCCGUGGCCCGUGAGCUAGACUUCCUGCCCGGCUUCGCCUUCGAAGGGUUCCCGAACCGCGACAGCACGCAGUACGCCAAGCUGUACGGGAUAGAGGACGCGCACACCAUCUUCAGAGGCACCAUCCGGUAUAGAGGUUUCGCUGAAACAAUGAUUGCUAUGCAACUGUUCGGUCUGGUGGACCCGAACCCUCAUCCCUCACUCCAUCCUGAAGGGCCUGAAAUUACUUGGCGCCAAUUUGCCUGCGAGCUGCUAGGCCUCACUGACUCAUCCAUUUUCUACGAAAACCUGAAGACUCGCCUCACGGAACGUAUUGGAGGUGCCGGCGCAGCCGGGCUUGAGAACCUGGGACUGCUCGAAGACAGUGUCAUUGUCAAGAGAAACACACCGCUGGAUACUGUUAGCCACUACUUGACCAACAAAUUGAAAUUAGGCGACGACGAGACAGACUUCGUCGUGCUCCGGCAUGAAGUCGGCGUGACAUGGCGGGACGGGCGCAGGGAGCGGCGUGAAGUCACCAUGACGGUUCGCGGAGAACCGUCCGGAUACACGGCCAUGGCGCGCACUGUUGGCCUACCCACUGCUAUUGCUGCUAAGAUGAUUUUAGAUGGUGAAAUCCAAGAACGAGGAGUUGUCCUACCCUUCGCACCGGUCGUCUACAAGUCCCUGUUAUCCAGGCUUCGCGCACACGGUGUCACAGCUCGAGAGACAACCCGCCCGCUCAACUAAACGCUUGUGUCAUGUGCAAUGGUUGAGGAUUUCCUUGCUCGCUCGCUUCGCUCGCUCGUUUUGGAUUACACAUGCCGUGGUGAAAAUAUGAACUGUCAAAAUAUGGCAACUAUGUGGAUGAACGUGAAAAUAACACGUCUCAUGCUUACUUUUUAGUUGUGCGCGGAAGCACGGAGGUAGUAAUUAAUAUUUAUGUUGUCAAAAAGAAUUGAAGUGUUUUAAACAUAGUAAAACAAAAACUUGGCUACGACCAACCCCAUAGAUUGCUUACCAGCACGUGGGCCGUAACUUGUUUGCCACUGACGUAGGGUUAUUUAAAAAAACCUUUAUUGAGGUUUUGAGGUUAACUUCAACUUCAGACUACGUAGAAAGGCAAUUUUUUCAGGCCCCGUAGCCGAAUGGCAUUUCUGCGACGCGAAAAGCCGCAGAAAUGUAGUCUGGCUCUGUUGCGCCAAUCCGCAAGAGCGAUAGAGAUAUAUAGCUACGAAAGAAAGAAGCUAAGAUUAUCGUGAGCGAAUCGUGAGCGUUUGUGCAUUCGGCUACGCACACUGGCUACUGUCUAUAGGUAAUCCAGUGCAGAUGUUAUUUUAAACGUUAAACUUUGACGAAAAUUAU